AUGUUGUCCAGGUCUUCAGCAUCAGGCGCGAGGCGGUCACAAUCGCGUGAACUAUUUCGCACCUUUGCCUGCCCAUCUGGAUUGCGACAGCUCCGCGGACAUGCCAACCGUUUGACACCUACACAGCAACGCAGUCUUGUGCAAAAAGCGACGCCUUUGGUCACGUCCAACGGCCCUGCGCACCGAAGAAAUACUUCCGAAUAUGCGGCGUCACAAUGUCAGCCACAGCGGAGGUUUGUGUCAGGCCCAGCAACCGCCGACUCGAUACCUCAACCCAGCCAAUCCAUCGAAUCGGAUGAUAUCAAUACCCUGAUCGAUCGAAUCGGUGAAAAUGAGGCGGAAAUGGUACAAAUAUUGGAAGAACUGGAAAUUAUGGGCGAGGAGGACGAAGGAGACGAGCUCAUCGACUUGAUCCGCCAACGAGACGAACACACCGCAGAGUCAUGGGUACACAGGAUUAAACAGCGCUUUGGAGAUGAGGUGCCAGAAGGGCUUUUGGAUGAUGCCGAGCUUCAAAUCUACGCCCGCCUUUAUGGAGAACCAAUCAUUCGGCAGGAAGUUGAGUCAGUGAUUGAAGAGGAAGAGGAAGAUCUGAGCUUGCUCCGCGAAGAUGGACAAGGAGGAUGGGAGGAAGUCGAUAUCGAAGGAAGCGCAGCGGAGAAUGAUGUUCCACUCGUCUAUGAUAUGGAUGUUUCUCCGGAAGAGCGGGAAACAAUUGCCAUGCAACGGACCAGAGAAGUGGCAGAGCAGCUGGGCGGCGAACUUAUGCUCGAGGAAUUCGAGAACGAGGCAGUUCCUGAUUCUGCUCCAAGAAUGCAUCCGCUCACUCUCGAGGGCAAAUUCGGAACUGAUCCUACAACUAUCCAUCUGCCCAAGGACACUGUCACUGGCCCCAUAUCGGUCAUUCUGUCGGAAUUCUCCAACAAGCAUAUUUCCGAGGCUGCUCGGCGCCUGUUUGGAGGGCCAGGAUUGCCCCAUUCGAGUACAACGGCUCCUCCGCGUGCCCAAUUACCACAGCUUCCUGUCGCUCUUCAGGCUUCGCAGCGUCAAAUGGGAGAAAUGGAGGCUAACGUAUACUUGGCGGCCUUGUACCCUGGAAUCUACGCGUCGACACUUAGUGUUAUGGUUGAGAUUCGCAAGCGAUUGGGUGCCGAUUGGAUCCGCCGUCUCAUCGCACAAGAGGGUGGGCCAAACGUUCUUGAUGCCAGCGGUGGUGGUGCCGGCAUCCUGGCCUGGAGAGAUGUCAUCCGCGCGGAAUGGGAUCUCAUGGUGCCAGAUCACCCCGCGGGAGCCCCCAUCCCCUUUGGGAGAUCAACUGUGUUGACAGGCUCCGAUGCCCUUCGGAUGCGCGCUGCUAUCAUGUUGGACAACACUACCUUCCUCCCACGGCUACCUGAUUAUGUCCAUGUACGCGAGAAGCCUACAAUUGAUGACUCGCGGGAUGCCCCUAAGCGCAAGCAGUACGAUGUCAUCAUUGCACCGCACUCUCUUCUCAACCUCGAAGAAGAAUAUGAACGUAAACAGCACGUGGAGAAUCUGUGGUCUCUACUGAACCCCAACGGGCGCCAUAUCGCAAGCCCCGGCUCUACCGAAUACGACAACUUCCUCGAAAACCCCGACGAACGCGAGGUCAUUGAGAAAGAGCGUGGAAUGAUCGUCGCUCCCUGCACCAACCACUCAACCUGCCCAAUGCACAAUUCUUCGGGUGCUACUAAGGGCCGUAGAGACUACUGCCAUUUCGAGCAGCGAUACAUUCGCCCUCCAUUCCUACAGCGCAUCAUGGGAGCGAAAGACCGCAACCACGAAGAUCUCAAAUUUAGCUACCUCGCCGUGCAGCGUGGCGUAGACCUACGACAAGAGCAAGAAAUUCGCCAAGGUCCUGAGGCUACAGAUGCCGCGUUCGAAGGAUUCGAGGACCCCGAGGAGUCUGAUAUCCCCAACAAGCCAGCCUUCAACGCUCUAUCCCUCCCUCGCGCCAUCUACCCACCCAUGAAACGCCGCGGCCAUGUGACCUUCGAUCUCUGCACACCCGCCGGAAAAAUCGAGCGCUGGACCGUCCCGCGCUCCUACAGCCGACAGGCCUACCGCGACGCCCGCAAGUCUCAUUGGGGAGACCUGUGGGCUCUGGGGGCUAAGACCCGCGUCCCGCGCAACCUGAACCUUGGCGAUAAACAUGGUGAGGGUAAGAAGGAGCGCCUGGCUCGCCGUGCGGCGACCAAGGGUGACGCCGAGGAAGAGGGUGACUUUGAGAAUGAAGGAGAAGAGGAGGAUGAAGAAUAUGGGGUUCAUGACUCGGAUAUUCCUGAUGUCCCUGUCAAGAAGAGGGGCCAGCAUAUCCCCAGUUGGAAGAAGCAUAAUGAUAAAAAGAAGGUUCGUCAGGCUUCCAACAAGCGUUCUGCCGACGAAUAA